GUUCGUUUCAACGGGAAAGGCAAAAAGAUCCGCAAACCCCGGACCAUCUACUCCAGCCUCCAGCUGCAGGCUCUGAACAGGAGGUUCCAGCAAACGCAGUAUCUGGCUCUGCCGGAGAGAGCCGAGCUCGCCGCGUCCCUGGGGCUCACGCAGACACAGGUGAAGAUCUGGUUUCAGAAUAAACGCUCCAAGUUUAAGAAACUGAUGAAACAAGGCGGAGGAACAAUAGACGCGAACGCUUUGGCAAACGCGCUGUCCACCGGAUCUCCAUCCGUGGCGCCCGUCUGGAACUCAACAGCCAGCGUCAAAACAUCCACACCGACCUCGUAUAUUCCCAGUUACACCUCAUGGUAUCCCACAGCACACCAGGACACUAUGCAGCAGCCGCAACUCAUGUGAACCAGGACUGCUGAAACAACCCCGCCCCUCUUUCCGCCAAUGGCCCAGUUCAGGGGACCCGACGCAAGGCCGGUCACUCUGCGGCCCUCUGCAGCCCAGACCAGAUGUGAUCCGGAGACACACUCAAAAAGACACCUGCUGACACACUGGCCAGCGUGGACUGAGCGAGGGUCGUCUGCACCAGAGAGGAAACAAGUCUGUUUUUGAAUCGAAGGGAAUGCCGGGAAAGUGGGUCAAAUCAAAGCUGCUCUCCCCCUUUCCGUGACUUUUUUGUUGUGUAAAAAAAACAAAAAAACACACACACACAAAAAAACCUGAAACCGUACCUAGUCAGAAGUGUAUUUCA